UCCUAAGUGGUUCUGAACGUUUCUGACAUCAUAUUCAUGUUCGCCAGAGUGAGUUCUAUCUGACCAUGUCUUCAGAAUAUGAAAACGUAGGGUGGCAGAUAUCGCUACUUAUCCGGCGGUGUCCUUUGCUACCAGGCAAUUCCCGUUUGACAUUGAUGAUUUUAUUAUUGACUUUAUACGGACGAUUGGCCAUAAAUUUAUCACCUGAUUCUGUUUUUCUAAACAAUGACUGUUCUUCUCUAUUUCACAAUAAUAUAAUUUACCAGUUUUCUAGUGCCCACGAAAAAAAUUUUGCAUAAAAGAGCGUUCCAACACAACAUUUUUGAAAAGAAAACGUUAUACUUUUUGAACGUUUUACAUCUCAUCUUGUGAAGCCUGUAUCUUUGGCUAGGAGUAAUAUUUUUAAAAUCGGAAAGUGCCAUUUGAAAGAGCACAGAUUCUAGUAUAGAGAAAACUAUGAAAGUCAAAAAUCUGGGAUUGGAUCAGAGCAAGAUCUGGCGUGGCUUAUGUGCAAUGGCUCAUAGAUAGAAUGGAUAUCUCUUCAAACUCGAAGUGAAUCAAAAAGAAAACAAACACAUUACAACGUGUUUCUUCAUUCUAUUUCUUUUAUCUUUUCUUUCUCCGUUCUGUAGAAUCAACGCAUACGCACACAUUCGCUACAAAUUGCCAAGAUGUGAAAGAAAAGAUAUCGCAACGAGCACCUCGCGUCGCACCUUUUAUGCAUAGCAUCUCUUGUGUUCUCCGCUGGCUGCAUAUAAAAAUCAUGGACAAACACUACAGGAGAAAGAUUGAAUUACGACAAUGAGAUAAACAGAGAAGGAAAAAAAAGAAAAAAACAAGUUUCACAGCAGUUAUAUAUAUGGGAGGGAUUGUGAUGUGUCUCCUUGCAUGACAUCCCCAUCGAAACUAUACAUGGAACGAAUACAUAGUAAGUUUAUCCUCUUCUGUUUUUUCUUCAGUUUACAUUAUCGACAGCAAUGGGUACGAACUGGGAAGCCUUUCAGUUGUGUUAAAUAAUGAUUGAGAAUAAAAAUGAUCAAACUUAUGAACUUUUGUAAAAAAUCAUAUUCUUCCUGAAGAAAGACAGGUAAAACAAAGCAUAGAUCUCAGUAAAUAUCAAUUGUUGUGCAUCACCAGAUAAAAAGUUCUGCAUUCAGUUGUGGAGCCUAAAAUCAUACUUUCGUAGCUCGAAUAUCUGUUGUCUCAACUAUUAUACCAGAAGUCCAUGUGCUUUGGAUGAAGGAGAUUUUUAUCCAUGGAUUUUUCUUGCUCUCUUGUGAUCUAAUUUCCUAUGAAAUAGUUAUUUUAAUCAGAAAAAAACAAUAUUUUAAUGAUGUGGAUGUGCUACAAUAUGAAAUAUUAAAGCAAAUUGUCAACAUUGGUGUUAUUGCCCAUAAAUUGCUCGCAAUUUCGCAUUCAACACAGCCGUUGAAUGUCUAUUUUCAUGUAUAAAGAAUAAUGUUAGUGAGUGAUCAAAGGAUCAGUGUAAUUCGGCGCUCAAAAGAUCGACACAUAAAUAUUUCUGCGAAGAAAUCUUCGAUCUGUUGAGCUUAUGUUUGAUCAAAAUCAUGGUUUCCCAACGGCAUACGAAGAAAAAACGGAUGUCUGUGAUGUAGAUAGUGCUCAAGAUUCAGUUGCAAAAGGAAGCAAAACGAACGUGCAAGAAGAACACAGUUUCUACGGCGGUGAAGACGACAGGGAAUAAAAGAAUAAGUUGAUUAAGGCCCUGGUAUACCCUAGAAACUCAUUAUCUCUCCCUUACAUCCGAUUGUGCUGAAAUUUUCAGAGAUUGAUCUUCUGGUCCAUCUCUCGAGCCGAAAUUUCAAACUCCAAAAAGUAUUGUAAUAGUCGGGAGAUAUAAGUGAGUCAUCUCCCGAAUCAGAGCAGUUCGUAGGUUCGGUUUUCAUUCCGUAAUUUUUGACCGAUCAAUCUUGGAGUAGUGUCAAAAUGAAGAUAAUGUUGUCAAAAGUGCGCUAUACGGCCGGACUUUUUAUUAUGCGUCCAGGAUAGAAACUGGGAAAAGAACACUUUCACUAUCGAAAAAUGUCACAUGCAUCCCUUUUGACCCAUUCACUCUCAUCUCCUAGUGCCAUAUUCACUAGCUUGCUGAUCACUUCAUUCGUCGCCGCUUUUUCACCUAUCAUUCCGAGAGCGAGACAUGCAUUCGUACUGGCUUGGGUUUCGUUGUCGUUUACUGAACUGCUUAUUAAAGUAAUCAGUGCAGCCGAUGGAUUGGAAAUCUUCAAUUCUGAAAUGAAUGAUAGCACUUCAAUUUUUCUACUCAUAUGAUCGUUUUGGAGAAGAUCGAUCAACAUAUUUCUGAAAAUAAAAAAUCCAGCUAUGUAGCGCACUUUGCACCACUCUCAGCUUUAGAACAAAAAAAGAAUGAGUUUUAUCAAAGCAAAACUGUAGGAGUAAUUUGAAAUCUACGGUAGCUAUUUUGUCCAAAAGUAGAAGCAGAGAAAAACUCAAAACAAAGUUGAGUGUUAAUAAAACGACUAUUUUUCUGUGAAAACUAAACAGAAUGAGCAUCAUGAUACUUCAUUAGAGAGAACUUUUCAAGACGAAUAUGAUGGUAUGAUUUGAAAUUCAAAUUAGGCAAGCUCAUUAUCGUGCAGACUUCAAGAACUGUAUGCUGCUAGGAACGUCGAUAGAUGUCGAUUGAUUAUUUUAUCGAACUAUUUCGAUAUAUAUUGAUGUUGUUGCCGUUGUCGAGCUUUUCAACUGAGAAACAUGAUCAGGCAAUUUCGAACGUCAGAGUACAAGGAGAUACAUAUAUCCACAUCUUGGUUUACGUCGAAAAGAAACUUUCAUAUGACGCACUUUUUGUUUCACUUCACUUUCCGCUGCCGGAGCAGAACAUCAUUAGAUGAUGAACAUGUUCUUACAUGUCCGCUUACAUGUUUCGCUAAUUCAGAAAUUAGGGUGGUAGAAACCUCCCUCAGAACUCCCAAAACAUCGGUAUUUUUAAAGUUUGCAUAUUAUUCUUGAAAGACCUCACCACGGGCUACAUUUAUCACGCAAAAACGAAAAAUCGUCUUUUCCAUCAAAAAAUGACUUUUCUAGGGUAUACCCGAGCCUUAACAAUAGUAAAGCUCUUUUUCUUAGAAUGAACAAAAUUAUUUAUCAUUGUUGUUUUUUUAAUACAUUUGAUCAAAAUCGAUUACAAGGAACUAAAAACAUCCGAUUUCUCUCUCGUGAUAAAAACUAGCAAGACAGUGCAAGAACACUCUAAAAAAUUCGCGACCACCGUGACCGAAGGUCAGUCACGGUCAGGAUCAAGGUCACGAGGAUUCUCGGGAUUUAGUCAAGGCCACGGUCACACGUGAGCGUGAUAGUGACGCAGGGCUCUAGAAGAGAGGGAUCCUACAGGUAGACUAUAAUUCACACUGUACUCUAGUUAUCGUUUUUACAGGAAUCAAGGAAUAAUCUGAAUGCAUUGCACUGAAUAUAACAACGACAAUCAAGAAUUAUGGCGAACAAUCGUUUUGUAAACAAUACUCUUUCAGAGCUCGAAGAAGCAAAUCGCAAUCCAAUAUUCGAUUUUAAAGAUUCACCGCUUCUGACAUUAGAAGAAGCCAUAGAAAAAAUAACUCCUACCAUCUCUGGCACCAUGGAGUAUGUUGCUACAGCUAAAAAAAAAUACAAGCGACAUCAAGCUUUGUUAACGCGGGAUGAAUCGGCAGCAAUAUAUCUUUACUCAAUGCCAACACCUAUCUUUGCCCGUCUCAACGAGACCCUUCGAGCUAAAACUCGACAUGCUUUGAAGCCGUGGUUUGCCUUCUUAAAACUUUUCAUAACUGGUCUCGAAAAAUUGCCAUCAACUAAGACAACUGUUUGGCGAGGAGUUUCUGAUUACAAUGUCGGUUCAAUAUUUGCUGACAAUGAUGUGCACAUUUGGUGGAGUGUAAAUUCAUGUUCCAUGGAUCUGAGAAGUAUUCAGUCAUAUUUAGGCGAAAAUGGCACUUUGUUCGCUAUUGACGUACUUGACGGCAAGGAUAUCUCCGCGUUUUCGGCUGUUCCGGAUGAACAAGAAGUUCUUCUCAUGCCUGGCACUCGUCUGCGUGCCAGAUGUGAAUCCCUCAGUUUUAUUGAUCGUCUGUCCGUUCUUCACUUGAAAGAAGUAAAUCCUCAAAGCGUGUCACUAUCUGAAUCAAAUUAUUUAGUUGAACAGAUAAGACAAGGAUACCAACGAAAUAAUCGUCUUCAGCGCAUAAUGAAUCCAUCAAUAUCUUUUCCAAUUGAACAAAGUUACGUCAACUUGGCGAUAGUAAAAGCCAAAGACCAACACGAAAAAGAAAAGCAACUUCGUGGCGAAAAGCAUGGUGAUGCCAUCAUAGGUACUUUCGAAGAGAUCUAUGGUAUGAAAACUGCAAUAGAUAUCAAGAAUAUUUUUGAAACAUGUAAAAAUCAAGAGAAGCAGGUACUUGUAUUAGGACGAGCCGGAAUCGGAAAAUCAACAUUUUGUCGAUACGUUGCUUAUCAAUGGGCGAAGGGUUCGUUUUGGUCUCAAUAUGAGUUACUUGUUUUGAUUCCAUUACGUCAUUUAACAACCAAUCGCUAUCCACUAUUGCCACCAGGCCAGUACUAUUCUCUGGUUGAUCUUGUGAAAAAAGAAGUUUUUCAAUAUGAUUUAUCGGAAAAGGAAGAGAAACUUUUGAGAAAACAGUUUGAUGAAAAAAAGACUCUAUGGAUUUUGGAUGGGCAUGAUGAAAUCGUGCAAAAUGUACCAUCACAUCUGAAAUAUUUAUUCGAACAACGAUUACUUAAAACUCCACAUCAUAUUUUGACAUCUCGUUCAUAUUUGAACACAUUAUCAUACGAUGUGCAAAUGGAAAUUACAGGUUUUACAGACAAGAAUAUUGAGGAGUAUGUGCAGCAAUUCUUUAACCAAAUGGAAAAUACAUUAGAAGAUACAUUGAUAAAGAGUCAAAAAUUGAUCAAUUUUCUAAUAUCAAACUCACGUAUUUGGGGUGUUGCACAUAUUCCAAUAAAUUUAGAACUGAUUUGCAGCCUCUGGAGUAAUGAAGAUUGGUCGGAAACAAAAGAUUUAACAAUAACAAAAUUGUAUAGUAUGAUGACGGAGUGGUUAUGUCGAAGAUAUUUGAUAGCACAAAAUAUUCCUAUUCAAAAUUUAUCUAGCGACGAAGUGUAUCAAUAUUGUGAAAAAGAAUUGACAUUCUUAGAAACUCUAGCCUUUAGUGCAAUGGAGAAUAACACAAUAAUCAUAAGACCAUCUUUACUGGAACAAGCAUGGAAAGAAGCAAAAGUAUCUUUGCAGGAAAAUCCAUACAUCCUCAAUAUAGGUAUCCUAAAAAGUUUCAACAAACAAGGAACUGGCACUCAAGUUGAACGAAGCAAAGAUCACUAUUUCAUACAUCUCAGUUUUCAGGAAUACUUUGCAGCACGCUAUUUGAUUAACGCUCUCAAAUGGUCUCCAACUGAACAAAUUACCGAAUUCAUCAAAUAUCAAAAGUACAAUCAACGUUAUGCAUUGGUAUUCACUUUUGCGUCCGGUCUUCUUAGUGACAUCGAUGCAAAAUCGGGAGCCAAAAUCUUUUGGAAUGCCAUACUACGAGAACCGCUAGAUCUAGUUGGUAUAAGACAUUUACAACUUAUUAUUUCAUGCCUGGAGGAGAUUUCUGGCAAACCAACUUUUCCUCAAUAUAACGAAGUGCUAGAACGCAUAUCAAAAUGCAUUCAAUACAGUUUCUACAGCAAGAAAGAAAUUAUCCGCGAACACUUGUCACAUUCGUUGCAAAGAGCACAAUCAGUAGUAUGCCAUCAAUUAAUUAUAAAUAUGCUGAUCGAUCUUCUCCAACACGAUGAUAUGGAUAGAAAAAUUGAAGUGCUAUCAUUCAUUUCAGAAUUGAAGAUUUCCAAUCCAUCGGCUGCACUGAUUACUUUAAUAAGCAGUUCAGUAAACGACAACGAAACCCAAGUCAGUACGAAUGCAUGUCUCGCUCUCGGAAUGAUAGGCGAAAAAGCGGCGACGAAUGAAGUGAUCAGCAAGCUAGUGAAUAUGGCACUAGGAGAUGAGAGUGAAUGGGUCAAAAGGGAUGCAUGUGAAGUUCUCGCAAAGAUGGGUGAAAAAGCAGCGACGAAUGAAGUGAUCAGCAAGCUGGUGAGUGCACUAGGAGAUGAGAGUGAAUGGGUCAGAAGGAAUGCAUGUAAAGCUCUGGGAAAGAUGGGUAAAAGAGCAGCGACGAAUGAAGUGAUCAGCAAGCUGGUGAGUGCACUAGGAGAUGAGAGUGAAGGGGUCAGAAGCAAUGCAUGUGAAGCCCUCGAAGAGAUGGGUGAAAGAGCAGCGACGAAUGAAGUGAUCAGCAAGCUGGUGAGUGCACUAGGAGAUGAGAGUGAAGGGGUCAGAAGCAAUGCAUGUUUAGCUCUGGGAAAGAUGGGUAAAAGAGCAGCGACGAAUGAAGUGAUCAGCAAGCUAGUGAAUAUGGCACUACGAGAUGAGCGUGAGGUGGACACAUUCCAUGCAUGUUUAGCUCUCGGAAAGAUGGGUGAAAAAGCAGCGACGAAUGAAGUGAUCAGCAAGCUAGUGAAUAUGGCACUGGGAGAUGUGAGUAAAUGGGUCAAACUCGGUGCAUGUGAAGCUCUCGGAAAGAUGGGUGAAAAAGCAGCGACGAAUGAUGUGAUCAGCGAACUAGUGAGUGCACUAGGAGAUGAGAGUGAAUAUUACAGAAGCUUUGCAUGUUUAGCUCUCGCAGAGAUGGGUGAAAGAGCAGCGACGAAUGAAGUGAUCAGCAAGCUGGUGAGUGCACUAGGAGAUGAGAGUGAAUGGGUCAGAAGGAAUGCAUGUAAAGCUCUGGGAAAGAUGGGUGAAAGAGCAGCGACGAAUGAAGUGAUCAGCAAGCUGGUGAGUGCACUAGGAGAUGAGAGUGAAGGGGUCAGAAGCAAUGCAUGUAAAGCUCUCGGAAAGAUGGGUGAAAAAGCAGCGACAGAUGAGGUUAUGAAGAAGCUGGUAGUUCUGCUUCGUGGUAACGCGUAUUUGGAUUCUCGUGUAGCCGCAGAGAUCUAUCUAUGGGCGAAAGCAAUUGGUGCCACUUUAAUAGUGAAUAAGUCGUUAACUGAUCUAUAUCUUCGGGAAAAUCGAAUAUCCGACGCUGGUACUAGUGAAAUAUUCAAUGCGCUCAAAGUAAAUAAAAGACUGAAACGUUUAAAUGUUGGCAAUAAUGAAAUAUCAACAGAAGGAGCAAAAGUAAUAGCUGAAGCAUUAAAGAUGAAUUCAACGUUAUGUGAGUUAACUCUCAAUCGUAACAAAAUUUCGGAUGAUGGUGCUGUUGCAACUGGAGACGUAUUGAAGAAAAACUUGGGCAUCAAUCAGAUUAAUGUUCAAGGCAAUGGAAUAACCGAUACUGGCGCAAUGGCACUCGCAGAAGGCAUCGCUUUGCAUACAAAACGAUUCGAAUUGGUAAUGAAGUCUCCGAUAAAGGCAUGA